AAAAUAUUGAAUAAAUGUGUGAGUGUGGUUAUCCGAAAAAAUUCUAUUUUAUCAAUUAUAUUGAUUGGAUUUGAACAAAAUCAAAAUAUAUAUAAAGUUGAAGUUUUCCAGUGUAAAAUUUCAAUUGGACUUUUAUUUGUUUUUCUUUUUAUGUUAAUUAUUAUACAACAAUUCAACAGUUCAAUUCAAUUCAAUACAAAAUCAUAAACUGAUAAUUCAAUAAUUCAAUUAUUAAUUAUAUCACUAUUCAACAAAGGAUAUAUUUAGUUUAAAUCAAUUUAAUUAAUCGAUUAUAAUGGGUGCUGAUAAAUAUAACAAUCAUUCAGAUUCAGAUUCUGAACAUGAAGACUAUGAUAAUUUUGUCUAUGUUGGUAAUACUAAAGUUAAUAAAGAUGAUUUGAUUAAAACAUUAUGUUUAUCAAAAACAAUGACAAACACUCCUAACAACAGUAACCAACAAGUCAAUGAACCAAAACAAUUUAGACAAUUUGCCAACCCUGGACCAUUGGGAUUGACUGGAUUUGCAUUAACCACAUUUGUGUUUUCGUUAGCUCAAGCUAGAUUUUUGGGGGUUAGCAAUGUCAGUAUUGCAUCUGGUGUUGCAUUCUUCUAUGGAGGAUUUAUUCAAUUUGUUGCUGGUAUUUUUCAAUUUAUUAAUGGAAACACAUUUGGUACAACGGCAUUUGGAUCUUAUGGUGGUUUUUGGAUGGCCUGGGGAGCAGUUCAUACUCCAGCAUUUGGAAUGAAAUCUCAAUAUGAGGAUGAGACUCAAUGGGAUAAUGCAGUUGGUUUCUUCAAUUUAUCAUGGGCUAUUUUCACAUUUAUUAUCUCAAUUUGUACAAUGAAGGACACAGUUGCAUUCUGUGCAUUAUUAUGGAUUUCAGGUGUUGGAUUUUUGCUCAAUGCUAUCGCUAAAUUUACUCAAUCAUUAACUGUUGCCAGAAUUGGUGGAUGCUGGGGUAUUGCAAUUGCACUAUUAGCUUGGUUCAUUGCAUUUACUGAAUUAGCAACACCAGAAAACUCUUAUAUUGUUAUCAAAAGUCCAAUGAUGCCUCGAUUUGGAGCUGAAAAAGCCAAACAACAAGAUCUUGAGAAACAAAAUUAAAUAGUAACCCCAUGUUCAGAGAGUUUUAAACAACAUGGGAUAUCAAUAUGAGCUGUUAAUAUGAGAUUUCAAUUGGAGAUGAAAUCAAGUUUGUAUCGCUUUACAAUUAUAAGUUACGGCUGUUUUACAUUUUUUUAAAUUUUUAACUCUUUUUAUUAUAUUUUUUGUCUAAAAGGUGGUUUUAGAACCUAGAAGUAGAUGAAGUUAUACAAAAUUUGGUAAUUUUUUUUUGUAUUAUAAAUUUUUUUCACCUUUCUCUCUUAUAGUCAUUUGAUUCAUUGUUAAUCAUCGUACAUAGUUCAUUUAAUUAGUAAUUUUUAUUGUGUCGAGAUACCAGUCCAGAGAAAACCCAGAACAAUGGAAAAAC